AUGGCAACCCGCCGCAUCAUCGCCUCCGAAAAGACAAUCCUCGAAAAAGACGACACCGCCCAGGAGAAAUCCAACAUCAGCCCCGCCGUGCCAAAAGAUGUCAUCUAUAAGCUCCUCGGCUUCUCCGCAGCCAUGAUCAUCGUCCCCAUUGGAUCUUACUUUAUGACCGUCCACACAAUCUUCAACGGAAACUCAUCGCUGGCUGGCGGCAUGGCCGCCGUGCUCGCCAACGUCGUCCUCAUCUCAUACAUCAUCGUAGCCAUGAAGGAGGACCAGACGGAUCUACAAAAGGACGGCAAGCCCGACAGCAAAAAGACACAGUAA